AUGGUGGUAUUCUACCGCAUAGUGGACUUGAGCGGCAUGAAUGCUUAUAUAUUAUAUAAUAUGCAUCAGCCUAAAAAUAUAGAUAGAGGAGAUUUUCUAAAGUCAUUAGCCCGUUCACUAGUGCGACCCCACUUGCAAAGACGUGUUGGGUGCAGGCAAUUACCAAGGGAGUUACGCCUAGUGAUAAAACGAGUUCUGGCUGACGAUGUGGUUGAAGAAGAUGUCCAAAGUCCUCAAACUAGUAAAGGCAAGCGAAAGGCAUGCAGUAUUUGUCCGCCUAAACUUCACAGAAUGACUGUGUACACAUGUGUCUUCUGUUGCAAUCCCGUAUGUUUGCAAUGUUCUCGAUCCUUGUGUAAAAAUUGCCAAUGA